AUUUCUGUCAAUUUCGACUAUCGUGGGUAAUAUUUUUGAAAUAUAUUUGUAUUUUGGUGUAUUUUGUAUCUUAAAGGUUAUAAAUUUUUACUGUAUUGUGUUGAUAUUAUAGCAUAUAAACUAGAUAACAUGAAAAUACACACAGUUAGUGCAUGUUGCAAAAACUAUGGGAUUGGAUUUAAAGGAUCUUUGCCCUGGAGUUUACCGACAGAGUUUGCAUAUUUUGUUCGCUUGAGUACCGGCAAUCCACCACCUGGGAAAAGAAAUGUCGUGAUUUUAGGCCGCAAAACUUGGGAUUCAAAACCACAUGCUCGUCUAAACCGGAUAAAUGUAGUUUUAUCUAGAUCAAACAAGCCAGUUCAGGACAGAAAUGAAAAACCGGAUUUUGUCGCCCAUUCAUUAGAAGAAGCAGUAGCCAUGUUGGAAUCUGAUGAAUGGAAAGAUAAAAUACAUGAAGUGUUUGCAAUUGGAGGACAUGAUAUAUAUAAGCUGGUUCAUGACUCCCCAUAUUGCGGCACUGUGUAUCUUACAAGAGUGGAUGCUGAAUAUGAAAGCGACACUUUUUACCCCAAACUUGACGACAGUUUUGAACUUUUACCGACAGACAAGCCUCCUGUUUAUAAAUGGAAAGGAGAAAUAAAAGUCACCAAAUUUGACAACUUUGUGUUUGGAUUUGGGGCAGUAGCAACAGGGUUUAUUGAAAGCUAUUGUUUAACCAGCGACAAGUUAAACGAAGUUGGAAAACUUAUUGAAGUAAUUGAUUCAGAAGCAACUGGCACAAAAGCCAAAGAACAAUGCAUACUGAGAGUAUAUGCUGAUGGUAAUACAAACAAGACAAUGUACUGUACAAGUAAAGCUUAUGUUGCCUCCCAUAAGAUAUGGCCUUUACAACAAGAGAUAUUUUUCAAGUUCCAAAUUGACCAAUCAGCUUCAGUUGUUGUUUUGGACUCGGCUCCUAUUCAUGAUUUCAAAACUCAUGAUUGUGACAUCAUAACACCUGUUGUUAGGUCACUUAGAACCAAUGGUUCAAAUAAAUUAAAUGCAUUUCCAAUGUUAGAAAGACCUAAUUUGGUUAAAGGUGUUUCUGCUGCAAUAUUAACAAUAUGUGAGCUACAAGACAUACAAGCUGAACUAUGUGUAUGUUACACUGCUACUUUUGAAAUUGAUUUUGCAUCAAUUCAAGCCUUUUGUCCAUUACUUGACACAGAUGCAUUUUCCACAAUUGAAAAGAACAACCCAAUCUCAAUACCACGGAUCAAAACAUUGCUGGCAAACCAAGGCUCUACCCAAAGCUUGUAUACUUGAAUAAAACUACAACUAAAUUAAGCUGUUUGGAUGCCAAAAAGCAGCUGCUAUACAACUCUCAUACAAAAGUACUAGAAAAUUUAAAGACUUUUAGUAGUCAAAUCUGUCUAUUUGUUCUUUCUAAUCCUGUACUGUGUAGCUGCUUCAGCAACUAUAAUGCUAAAAUUUGAAAUCAAUGCUAAGACUUACUGUUUAAGUUUCAUAAAUGCACAACUAUUCAUGAAAUAAAAUUGAAACAAUAUAUUAUUACCUGUUUCUCAAGUAAGCUAUAAUGGUUGGGUGACAAUUUAGACUGCUUUUAGCUGCUGUUAAGUAACUAUAAACUCACAAUGGUAGGCCUUGAAUCCAAACCCGCUUGCUAAGACUUACUGUUUAAGUUUCAUAAAUGCACAACUAUUCAUGAAAUAAAAUUGAAACAAUAUAU